UUUAAACGACUUGUGGACUGGACAGGAUUUGAGCUGGUAUUACUAAUGCUUUGACUGAAUGAAAGGGAGGGAAGUGGAACAGUAAGAUUACAGGGUGAAGAGGUUGAAGAAGGUACAGGAGUUUAAGCACUUGGGGUCAACAGUCCAGAGUAAUGGAGAGUGUGGGAAAGAGGUAAAGAAGCAUGUGCAGGCAGGUUGGAAUGGGUGGAGAAAGGUGUCUGGUGUUCUGUGUGAUAGAAAAAUAUCAGCGAGAAUCAAGUGGAAGGUGUACAGGACAGUGGUGAGACCGGCCAUGCUGUAUGGUUUAGAGACAGUGUCACUGAGGAAGAGACAGGAGUCAGAGCUGAAGAUGUUGAGGUUUUCUUUGGGAGCGACAAGGUUGGACAGGAUUAGGAUCAAGUACAUCAGAGAGAGAGCUCAUGUUGGAUAUUUGGGGGACAAAGUUAGGGAGGACAGAUUAAGAUGGUUUGGACAUGUUCAGGUACCAAACUUAAUACUGGGCACUAUAUUUAAUGCUUUUAUUCAGACACGUUUCAGCACGUGCAUGAUAAGGAGCGUCGUAAGCUUAUGUUAAUGCUCCUCCUCCUUGCCACAAGAUGGCGGUAUAGAGCAGCGCCAUGCUGUCACUUAUUAAGCGCUGAAACUUGCACGAAGAUGGUGGCUUUUUUUGAGGUAGGAAAUGUAGCGGCUGUGUUGUUAUUUGGUUACGGUUUUUUAAGCUGGUUAAUUAUGGGGAUAAUGGAUAAACGUGAGCUUGUAGUAAGGCUGAUUGGAAAAUGGCGUGGCUCACGAGUUGACUUGGAACGAUAACUGCGCAGCAAAAUGCUAAAUCAGGAAAAGGUGUUAAUCCCAUUCGGAUCAAAAGAGCUUGGCGGUGCUCUCACGGUUCCUGAAACAGACUGUGUACAAACAGCUCUCAUCCUUACACACGGAGCCGGAGGAGAUAUGAACCUGAAGCCAUUAAUGUCACUGGCACAAGCCGCUGCCACUUGUGGUGUGCUCUGCCUUCGGUUCACGUGCAAAAGCCUGAACCUGGUGCACAGAGUGAAAGCCUACGAAGCAGCCGUGAUGUAUUUGACAACCCUUGAGAGAUUUGCACUGAGUAACAUUUUCCUUGGGGGACGUUCGAUGGGCGCUCGUGCUGCUGUGGCUGUGGGCAGACGUUUGGAGGUCAGGGAAGAGGCUAAUGUCCGAGGUCUGUUGUGUGUGUCUUUUCCCCUACAUCCUCCUGGCCAAACACAUGCUCAUGUGAAACGUAGUGAGGACCUGAGAGCACUUUCCCACAUUCCUGUGCUCUUUGUAUCAGGGACUGCAGACAACAUGUGUGAAAGACAACUACUGGAAUGUGUUGUGGAGCAGAUGGAGAGCCCAAGCUCUGUGCACUGGGUGGACGGAGCCAAUCAUGGACUAGCAGUGAAGGGGAGAACUGAGGAGUCUGUGCUAGAUGAAGUCAACUCACACAUCAUCACAUGGAUACAAAAACAUGUCUGAACAUGGAUGCUAUACUGACCAUGAUUUUUCUCUAUGCUGCAACCCCGAUACCAUAGGGGGAGUUAUGUUGUAACUUUUAUAUUUGUGAAGAGAAAAUACUAUUUUUUGUUAAUAAAAGCAUCUUAAAAUG